CCGCCGCCGGAUCCCAAGGACUUGUUGCGGGUGUAUACCUUGCAGCACGCUGAGAGCGGGUUGGGCAGUGACUAUAUGAAGAGAAGAAACGUUAUCCGGGUUAGGAUGGAAGGGGAACAGUUCCUCCUGCAAGCUGCAGAUGUCGCUUCAGUCGUUGACUGGAUUGAGGGCUUCCAAGCUGCAACGAACAUUGCACUUGAUCUGGACGAGCGGCCGAUGCCUAAAGGGCCCAUGUUCCCUCGGUACGUACCAGCCGGAGUCUCGCGUUUCAAAGGCAAGCCUGCUGACCGGUGUAAACAGACGACGCCGGAGAAGGGUACGCCGACCCGAAGAGGCAGCCCAAGCCAACGCGAGCGACACACCAUCGCGCCCGCCCUCAUGACGCACGCAGCAGACGAUCGUUCACGCCCCCACUUUGUAUUGUUACGCCCAUAUCUUCUAUGCUUCUAG